UCUACUUUCUCUCUCUAUAAAUCUCGAAAGCUGAUUCUCUUCCUCCCUCUCUCUCUCUCUCUAAAAAUGUCCCGAUUCUUGUCAAAAACCCUAAUCCCCCACGGGAGAUUCUUCCUCCGUCGCUUCAACGAGCCAAGCCUCGUCUCUUUCAGCCGCCGUCCCUAUUCCUCAAAGCCGCACGUCAUCGAGAUCGACCUCGAUUCUUCCUCGUCAGCGACGUCCAAAGCCGAGGCCGAAGCAGCGGUUCUCAAGAAGCUGAACGAGUUCGUUCGGAGGAUCGUCGUUCAGAAUUCGACUCCUGAUUGGCUCCCUUUCGCCCCAGGCUCCUCCUUCUGGGUCCCGCCUCAUCAAAACACGGCCGCGAAGAUCGCCAAUUUGGUCGGCAGGGUGACGAAUCCGUUGACGGAGGAGGAAGCUUUCUCUCUCUUCUCUCCUUCUGGCUCGCCUCGUUCCUCUUUCUUCAUUCCUCUUGAUGAUGGUUCUGAGGUAGAAGGUAGCGUAGAGUUGAACAUUCCGGGGAAUGAGAUGCUGGAAGUCAAGCUAGCGCAGUUUCCUGAUCCUUUUUACUCGUUUAAACACGGAGGAGACAAUGAAGAGUGAUUUAAACAUGUGCAGCUCGCGAUGAAGUCCAUUGGUUUGCAUAUACGGGCUUCGAAAAGGAGAUGCUUCCUGAGGCUGAUGAGGUUGUAUGUGUACAGUUGCAAACCAUACAUCGGGGUUAUAUGAUGUUUGGUUGGCCAUCUUAACGCCUUUGUUGCCUAUAUUUAAUAAAGUUUUAUAUAUUAACCUUGGUGGGAGCUUCUUACACUUUCUUAAGCCAGAGUUCAUCGUGAUGCUCGUAGCAAUGUUGACCAUUAUAAGUUGUAUUCUAAUAUCAAUACCCCCUGUUAUGUUUGUUUCCUCCA